CGCGGAGACUGGCAAGCGAGCGGCAGGAGCGAAGCGAGCCCAGCACCGCCCCGCCGCGCCGCGCAUCCCAGCGAGCUCGGGGCCUCGGAGCAGCGCCGCUGGGGCAGAUCCCUGUGUGUGCCCGUUCAGAGGUGCGCUCGCCACCUGACGCCCCAGCCCUACCCGAACCGCGCCAGCUGCUGAGAUGCCUGUGGCUGCUACCAACUCCGACUUGGCCAUGCAGCAGGUGCUGGACAACCUGAGCGACCUGCCCAACUCCACCGGGGCGGCCGACCUGGAUCUCAUCUUCCUCCGCGGCAUCAUGGAGAGUCCAAUAGUAAGAUCCUUGGCUAAGGCUCACGAGCGCCUGGAGGAGACCAAGCUGGAGGCCGUGAGGGACAAUAACGUGGAGCUGGUGCAGGAGAUCCUGCAGGACAUCGCCCACGUCGCCGGGAGCAACAGUGCGGCCGCUGAGCUGGCAGGCAUCCUGCAGGAGCCUCACUUCCAGUCUCUCCUGGAAACCCACGACUCGGUGGCCUCCAAGAGCUACGAGACGCCCCCACCCAGCCCCCUCCUGGACCCCAUGUUCAACAACCAGCCGGUGCCGCCGGAUGCCGUGCGCAUGGUGGGGAUCCGCAAGACGGCCGCAGAGCACCUGGGCGUGACCUUCCGGGUGGAGCGGGGCGAGCUGGUGGUCGCCCGCAUCCUGCACGGCGGCAUGAUCGACCAGCAGGGCCUGCUGCAUGUGGGCGACGUCAUCAAGGAGGUGAACGGCAAGGAGGUGGGCAACGACCCCAAGGUGCUGCAGGAGAUGCUGAAGAACGCCACCGGCAGCGUGGUUCUCAAGAUCCUACCCAGUUACCAGGAGCCUCCCCUGCCCCGGCAGGUGUUUGUGAAGUCCCACUUUGACUAUGACCCGGCCAGCGAUAACCUCAUCCCCUGCAAGGAGGCAGGGUUAAAAUUCACGGCAGGAGACCUGCUGCAGAUCGUCAACCAGGACGACCCCAACUGGUGGCAGGCCUGCCACGUGGAGGGCGGCAGCGCCGGCCUCAUCCCAAGCCAGCUGCUGGAGGAGAAGCGGAAGGCGUUUGUGAAGCGCGACCUCGAAGUCCCCCCCACAUCCGGUGCCCUGUGCGGCAGCAUCAGCGGGAAGAAGAAGAAGAGGAUGAUGUACCUGACCACGAAAAAUGCAGAGUUUGACCGGCACGAGCUGCUGAUCUACGAGGAGGUGGCCCGCAUGCCCCCGUUCCGCAGGAAAACCCUGGUGCUGAUCGGGGCCCAGGGCGUCGGGCGGCGCAGCCUGAAGAACAAGCUCAUCAUGUCGGACCAGGCGCGCUACGGGACCACCAUCCCGUACACUUCGCGGAAGCCCAAGGACCAGGAGAGGAUCGGCCAGGUCUACUGCUUCGUGUCGCGGGGGGAGAUGGAGGCGGACAUCAAGGCUGGCCGCUACCUGGAGCACGGGGAGUAUGAGGGGAACCUCUACGGCACCAAGAUCGACUCCAUCCAUGAGGUGGUGGAGUCCGGCAAGAUGUGCAUCCUGGAUGUGAACCCGCAGGCGGUGAAAGUGCUGAGAACAGCCGAAUUCGUCCCCUACGUGGUCUUCAUCGAAGCCCCGGACUAUGAGACGCUCCGAGCCAUGAACAAGGCGGCACUGGAGAGCGGCGUGGCCACGAAGCAGCUCACGGACGCGGAUCUGAAGCGGACGGUGGAUGAGAGCUGCCGCAUCCAGCGUGGCUACGGGCACUACUUCGACCUCAGCCUGGUCAACGACAACCUGGAGUGGACAUUCCAGCAGCUGCAGGAGGCCCUGGAGAGGCUGCGGGCAGAGCCCCAGUGGGUCCCCGUCAGCUGGGUUUACUAGGACGACAUGCUGGGAGGGAAGGCCUCCCCACCCUGCCCCCACGCAGAGGGCACUGCCGACCCGCCUCCCCUCCGCCCUCCCUCCUGCACAAACCACGACGUCUCAAAGCCAAGGAACCCGGAUCCCCUGCCUGCGUUCCAGUCCUGUCUUCGGGAGAGUAGGGGGCGGUGAGGCAGGGAACUGGGUGCUUGUUGAACGUCCCCUUCCCCCUCCCCCAGAGUUUUACCCAACUUUGCCAGAGUUAGAGAGUUUCUUGCGGGCAUUCCUGAGGGGCACCCCCAGUGGAGGACCCUUCUCUGCCCUGGACACAUGGCUGGGGGGCAGUGACCCCCCAUUUCCUCCCAGGAAGGGUUAGGGUGGCCAUGGGGAGGGUUGAGAGAGCAGCCCAAGGCAGGGCAGUGCCCAGGAUACCAAGCACAGCCACUUUAGUGCCCAGAGUGGGCACCGGGUCCCCCUUCAAGCCAGCCCCAGGGCUGUGCCUGGGGCCAGAUCCCGGCAGCCGGCAGAGGGAGGUGGGCAUGAGGAGGGCAGCGUGAAGCAUGCUGCCGGAGGUGCACAGAUCUGGGGAUGGCAGCUGGCACCUCCCCCCAUCCCUGCGCAUUUCUCCCUUCCUCACCCAGCUGCCCGCUCCAUGCCCAGGCUGCAUCCGCCUUCCCGGUCCAGCCUGAGCUGAGAGGUGCCUGCCACCACCUCCAGCAGCAACCUGCAAGACCCCUUUGCAGCCUGGAGGCAGCUCGGGGCGUCUCUCCCCACUGGCCUAGGCCAGGGGAAAUCUCGACAGGGACCAACCGGCUCAGGAACAGAGGCGUUCCUGGCCAGCUUUCUUCAUCGUUCCCCACAAGGCCAGCAGGGUGGGGACGAGGGUGUGGGGGGGUUCGGAGCCCAUCACCUCCCUGGGCUAGAGCAUCAGAUUCUCCCUUAACCCGUCUCUGGGGUUCGGGGCAGGAGGCGUGUCCACUGAUGGGCUCAGUGGGCUUCUUGGAUAAACCUUAGAGACUAACUCACUAAUUCCCCACCGAGAAUCCGCAGCUGCUCCCCAGCAAAGACUGAUUUGUUAUUUCGGGGCUGGCUGGCCGGGGGAGGAGGGGGGGAGAAUUUCGGAGGAAACGACUGGCAAGUUUGGUGCCGCGGGAGAUCAGGCCCCUCCCAGGACCACCGGAGCACGAUACAAAAAUCAGCAGGGUUCCGAGGCCCUACCUGAAAGAGACGAAGCCACCCCAUGCCCUGCCUCACCUGCUCCCACCGAAAACCCGUGAUGGAUUCGUCCGGAGUGGGCCCCUGCUCUGGAUGACCCAGAGCCCCGGGGCAGAAGCACAGAAGGAAUCUUCUGGGGAGAUCUGCACCAAGCAACUGCACAGCUGUCUCACUGCCGACAAUUCAGCUCACUUUCCAGACCAAGCCCCCGGCUCUGAGCCGGAUGGAUUAUUCCCCCCUCCCAAUCUGAACGUUUGCAAAUGUCCCAGCGACGGUCCGAAAUGCUGCCCUGUCUCCCCCGCCCCCAGCUUAGAGUAUGUGAUUGUGGGGCUAUGGAAGGGGAAUUGCGGCAUCUCUGAAAAUCAAUAGCAUUAAGGUCCAAAUGGUUGAAGGCAGAACCCUUGAGGAGGGUCUUGUUGUUACAUCACUGGUGUAGGACACAGGACAUCUGGGUUUGAUUCCCGGCUCUGCUCCAGCCGCCUGAGCAAGUCACUUAAUGGCUCAGUGACUCAGUUUCCCCACCUGUCCAAUGAGGUAAAGUUAAUACUCCCCCACACGAGCAAGCUGAGAAUCCAUCUGUUAAUGUAGGUGAGGCUCUCAGAUACUUUGGGGAUGUGGUGGAACCUAGAGAGUUAAGUAACAUAAAGACUUUUGAGACCAUAUUCCCCAGCUGUAGGUUUUAGGAUUUAUAAAGUGACAGCAAAAUACUCAUGGCAUUAAAUAAAGACCAUAAUGAUUGGAUAGGUGGAGCCAGCCAGGGGCAUCACAAGCUAUCAGAUAAGGGGAGUAAUUGCCACCCCUAGACCUCGGUUUGCCCACCCCAACUUUUCACAGGGCUGUAGGCUCCACUUUUUGCCCCCCGCCCCAGCUUUGCAAGAUAGAAACGAACACGUCUGACGUUCUAUAUACUAACGCAACUUUGCCCUGCUCGUGGAAUUUUUCUGAACCGGUGCCCCGGAGACGCUCAGCCAAAUGCAGGAGGAGGGGAGGCGGUAAUCCUGAAAAUGGGGGGCCAGCUGGCUCUGCGGUUUAGGGUCGGGUUUGUUGCUCAAAAACCAUUAGAAAAAAGAUCCGUAAAAAUAGGAGGGGGGCAGCGGUUGUGUGUGGACAGCGUACAGCCUGGUCUGCCUGCGUGGGUGUGAGAGCCGAGGCGGGAAGGACAGGUGCCUUCUGAUCUGAUCACCAGACGGGUUUGUUAGUAACCCGGCAAGGGGCGGGAGGUUCUUUAUUUAUUUUCUUGGUAAUGACUUUCGUCUUGCAUAUUUCUUUAGCCGAAUCCACGUGCAGACUUAACUGUCCCCAUCAAAUAUUAAAGCUAACUGGUCCUG